CUGGUGGUUUUCCUCCGGGAUACACACAUUUUCGACGUUAUAUAUUUAUACUUGGCAUAUUUUUAUCCAAGUAGAAAACUUAUUCAUUCUGAUCCUAGUACGGAUUCAUUUUUUCAUUUUCGUACACCGUGAAUCGCGAAUUACGCGCGCACGAAGACGACGCGAUAUCUGUAAAAACGCGUGGACGUUAGGAAUGGUCAGUUACUACGAAUUUCCGAGAGAAUGAAAAGGAAAGAAGGGAAGCGCAUUCAAGGGUCGUAUCGCGCGAGAAAUCGGAGUUACUGCGUAGGUGGUGACUCGGCUGACACCGAUGAGGGUGCUCACGCUCAUGAUGACGAUGACGAUGACGAUGAUGAGCGGUGGUACGUCCUACGUUGACGCUAUAUUGACGUGGGUCGUCGCGUCGGGGUGAUUCGGAAGGACUCGGUUUCUCCUGUUCCACGUAUAGGAUAGAACUGUGUGCGCGAACCGUAUCGGUGUACGACUGUGUACACGAUUUUCACAACGAGUUUUAGGAUAAAUGUAUGCGCGGAUUCUCUCCGGUUGUGUAUAUCGACCUGCCAAACUAUAGCUGCAGAGAGAGAAGAAAAAAAGAGGGACAGAGAGAGUUCACAUUUUCCUCGUGAAUUUUUUCCAUCGUAUCCGGAUUUUCAAUCAUAUGCGAAAACCAAAUUUUCCAUACAUUCCAAAAGUCGUUGGUAAUGAGGCAAUUGAGACGGAAAGUCAUCCCUUAAUCACUACUCCCCAGGUCAUGUAUCGUCGGAUCAGGGAACUGAUGAAAGAAGGGAAAGGUGAUGGAAUUGGGAAGAAAUGCAUGUCCUCCUGAUUCGGAAAGAUUUCAGGUAGAUAAGAAACCGUGACAAUGAGAAGCCUCAUUCACUACGGAGAUGUAAGUGGGCGGGAGUCCUUAAUCCUAGGAAAAAAUUGCAGGGAAUUCGGAGGAACUGCGGCUCCGGUAUUAUGCGCCCACCUUCUCAGCUUUCAUCUCCUUCUUUCCACUCCGGGUGAUAUCAUGCAGCGAUUCUCCAGCCCCUCUUUUCCUCCCACGCUUCCUUCAUUCUCCCUCAAUUUUCCAUCCAUCGCAAACAGCUACACACCAACCGACUACCCUUAGGGUUCGACUUUCCUCAAAGAGACCGCGUGCAAUGCUUGCCUUCCUUCCUUCCUUUCCUUUCCUUUACUCCUCCGCUUUGCAGCAAGUUAUACAGCUAUAUACUUCUGGUGGUCCUGUUAUUUUCUACGGGGCUGAGAACGUUGCGGCUGCGCGGCAGAAAUUGAAAUUUCGAACGGAGGGGAUAAAAGAGAAGGGAUUGCGCAGAAGCAGCGUUGCCAUUUGGUUCGUUGAACCGUAUCGAGGCGCUAGAAACGCUAUGUACGACCCCAGAGGAGCUGGCAACUCAACCCCGAUACCAAACUGGGCGGUCAUUUGAAUCCGAGAUCUUGAACGCGACGGACACGACGAGGUAUAAUAAGCGCGGGGAAAUCCGGAUACCCCGGUACAACCGAUAGACCAGAGAAAAAGAUAUGUCAGAGGGAUAGUAUAAACAACGAAAGCUACGUUUUUUGAUAUAAUCAGGCUCGAUUUCGCUGAAUUUAGUCGUUCUCGCUUUUAGACUCGGAAAGAACGGAAAAUACCUCACCGUUGUCAUCAAUUACGAGAACGAGUACCGUACGACGUAGACACCAAUUUCUUUUCCUGGGGGGGUUUUCGACUCGUCAUUUGAUGACCGUGAAAUAAAUACGGAGAUUCAUCGUCGUCGAGUCAUUAAUUCACUGCAAGCUUUUAUGCAUCGUCAUACAUAUUUUACGGUACGCGGAGCAACUUGGCAUCGUUACAUAAGGAAAAAAAUUAAAGAUUCAAGGGUCACGAACUCCCGCGCAUUAUCGCGAAGUAGAUAAUUGCAAAAAAAACGAAAAGAAAAUAACGAAAAACUAUCAUGGAUGGGAAAGGUAAUUAUGGUACCCGCGAGGCGAUCGACGAAUGGAAUUACGAGACUACGUAAAUUUAGGGGUAGAAUUAUUGAUCGGCGAUUUUCGGGUUCUAUCGAUUGAAAAACGAAAAAGAGAAAAGAUUGAAAAAAGAGGGUGAGAUCUUGGCGUUAAUGAGAAGCCGGUGACCGACCCCGGCUGAGGAAAAUACAUAAUUUUGAAAUCUACAGCUAAGUCCUUGAUUGAAACGAAGACAAGACGAGAUGGAAUCACUUUCUGCACCGGACCCCGGCCAUGACAUGGCCCGAGAAGAAUCCAGAUUAUCUGCCGAAGAAUCGGUGGAAACCGGGCUACCGACAACUCUUGGAUUCGCCGAAGCGGGAAAUCCUCACCGGGAGCCUUCGGAAACCCCGGAACUAAGACCUCCGUCGCCGGCAGUUAAUUCGAAAAAAAGACCCGCACCCGCUGAUUUCUUACCAAUAAAAACGGAAAUAAAAAAAAUGGGCGUCGAAAUAUCGGACGAGCGUGCCGAACAGCUUAAAAACGAUAUCAGGAGACUGUCGCCGGAGGUUGUGAGCCUCAGGGAACGGACAUUGGGCGAAAUAUCGCUCACUCCGGACUCUGCUUUUUUUGAAAUUGAAAAUAUCGAAAAUCAGAAUGCGUGCGAUAAACCAGAAGGGACUUCUCUAUGCGUUAAAGAAACAAUAAACGGCGAAACAAACGCGCCGGACGAAACAUCAACCGUUAAAUCGAUCACGAGCGUAGACGAAUCGGCGAUAAUCGAAGGUGCCGAUAAUUACGAAGGACUAUCGCGAGUUAACGGUGAUAUUGACGAGAGUACGUGGUGGUCAAACACUACGUCGAGUCGCGGUGGUGAAGGUGUUGCACGGUCGUCUGUAAAUUGUGAUUCCGAGGUUGUGCGUGGGAAAGAACUGCAGCUAAUGAUAUCGAGGGACGGUGAUAUCGGUGGUGAUAACGACAGUGUACGCGACGAUGACAUUUGUGUCGACGGUAGGACUGAGCCGGAAACGUCGGGCGAAACUUUAAACCCUGGAAAUAGUGACGAUGAAAUUGUAGUUAAGAAUUCCGUUAAUUCAGACUCUAACGAUGCUCCGACGGUCCCAAAGGCGGUGAUACAGAAACUGGAAGAAGGUGUGGAAAUUGUUUUUAACAGUGUAAAUGUCUCCCAUGUUAUCCAGUCUUCUUUAUCAUCGUCAUCGGCUUCUUCUUCUACUUCUUCUUCUUCCUCCUCCUCCUCCUCCCCGGGUACAAACGGCCUCGCUUUUCUCGCCGUUUAUCCCGAAUCGAGUUCUUGUAGCUCGACGGAAAAUGUUGAGGAUCCUCUCAGGGAUCGGGGGGAUACCGAAACAGAUUCCGACGGUUCAGAGGCCACCUCCAUCCAGUCGUCUCUGAAUCCGAUGUCGGACAUUGAUCCCCUGUCGCUUGGCGGUGACCAGAAUGAUCUAUCUUCGGAAAUCGCUAUGUCCUGUACGAGGAUAAUGGAACCUGAACAACCCGAAGCGUUCACGGAGGACUCGGCGGAAAGCCUUGCCUUGGUUACGGGAACUAGGGAUGAAGUGAGAUCGGAUGGAAGCGAUUCGGGACUGGGUGGAGAAAUUGUUGGAGAUCCGGGACCAACACCUGCGCCCGAAAGCGACUCGGAAACCUCAUUUUUGGACAGGAUACCGGACGAGAUAUUAUCCGACAAGGACAAAGAUCAGAACCAACUCGACGGUGUGUUGCCCGAAAACAGCACCGAAGGUGCAUCAGCUUUGAUGCACGUUAGUCAAAGUCUGACGCUUUCAGAAAUACCACUACCCGCAAGAAGAACGAGCUUUCCAAAAAGCAAUUUAAAAAGACGCCCAGUCGAGGGCGCUGAAGGAGAACCAAUUCUGAAAAAACUGAGUCCAAACAGACCUCGCGAAAAGAAGAAUAUACAAUUUGACGCAGUCACUGUAUAUUAUUUCGCUAGAGCUCAGGGUUUCACCUGUGUUCCUUCCCAGGGUGGCAGCACGUUGGGUAUGGAAGCUGCGCAUAUACACGCUGAGAGAUUUACGCUCACCGAGCACGCGGCCGAACAGCGUCGUAUACAUCGGGCACGAUUAGCGGAAUUACGAUCGAAAAAAGCUGCGAAUAAUGUAGUCGACGCCACUUCGAGUUCCGAAGAUCCGAGCGACGAGGAGGAGGAAGCUAGCGAAGCUGAAGAUCUUGAAAUUGACGGCUUUUACUUCCUUCUCCCCGUACCAACCUGGCAAAGACGAUCUUUACUCCGAGCUUCCGGUGUUCCGAGAAUUGAAACGGAAGAAAAAGACGAAUGUCGUCAGAUACGCACCAGUCGAAAACAGUGCGGAUGUAGUUGCAAGGGAUACUGUGAUCCGGAAAGUUGUCCGUGCAGUAGCGACAACGUAAAAUGUCAAGUUGAUCGGGCGGGUUUUCCUUGCGGUUGUUCUCGCGAUGGUUGCGCGAACAGUUCCGGCCGUAUCGAAUUUAAUCCCGUCCGAGUACGAACGCAUUUUAUUCACACGUUGAUGCGGCUAGAACUGGAGACGAAAAAUCGAGCCGACGAAGAUUGCGCCGAUCUUCUCGAUCUCGAUACCCAACCAGGGGUACAAGGUCCCCUGAGAGAUCCAACGCGGGGUAUAACGAUCGAUGGAUAUUCGACGAAUAAUCAACAGAUGGCUAUUUGUAGUCAACCGGAAAUACCAGGGACAAGGGAGGACAGCCUCGAUCUCUACACCAUCCGAGAUGAAGACGCGGUCGAUUCUGGGGAACAAUCUUUACACCACCGUAAAUUCAUUCACCCGUCUGAAUUCAGUCAAGUUUUCCAACCGUUUCCUGGCACCGGGAAUAACGGUGAUGCGGAAGGACUUCAACACUAUCCGCAGACUUCGUAUCAUCCGGAUUAUCAUCAAGCUUAUCAAACUUUACCGUCGACAUCGAGGGGCCAAUUUCAUCCGCAAUUUAGUCAGUACGGUUACGGGCCAGAAUCAUCGUCGUCAUCAACGCAGCAUCACCAUCAGCAGUCUCAGAACUAUGGUGACACUUAUCAACAGAACGAUUUAACGGCAUCGUCACAGUAUACAAAUCUAAAUUCAGUCCAGCAAAAUAACCACCAUCAUCACCACCACCAUAAUGUUAUGCAACAGCAACAAGUCGGAACGCUCGAACCAUUUUCGGAAAUUUUAUCUGGUCGUUAUUCAUAAUUUUAUAUUUUCAAUAGAGGUUCCAAUUUUCUUCCACUUUGUUUGAUUUUUAUUUUUCUCUUCCUUUACGUUUUACACGUGAACACUUGUAUGUAAUAUUGUACGUUUUCAGAGUUCAAACAGUUCGUCUGUUAUUUUUAUCCAUUUGACAUAUGUUGAAUUAUGAAUUUACAUUUUUUCUCGGUCUAUUUCCAUUGAUUUCACCGAACCAUUUGUCUUUUGGUCGAUCGAUUUUUUAUCCCUCUCAAAUCAACAUGGACUUUUUUAAAUGAAAUGCUAGCGACGAUUAUUGGAGAAACAAGAAAAAUUUAUUAGAAUAAUACUAAUAAUGAUAGUAAUAACAGUAAUAACAAUUUUAAUAAUAAAUAUAAUGGGACUAUGCGAUCGCUAAGUUUAAUAAAUAUAGAACAUAUAUAUAUAUAUGAAAUGAAAAAAAUAUAUAUAUAUAAAUAAAAAUAUUGAUAAUUAUUAUUAUUAUUAUUACAAUGUAAUAUUGAAUUUAUACAUAACAUAUUAUAUAUUAUAUUAAGUAUAUAAUAAAUAUAUGCUUGAAUAUAAAAUGGACGCGUCACCCACCGUGCAGUGUCAAAUGCAAGUUAUAAAUAUUUAUAAUAUUAGAAAGAAAACAAAAAGAAAUUCUAUUAUACGUCUUUAGACGGAGUCUUGACGAAAUUGUUAUCUCAGAGAUGAAAAAAAAAAAAAACAAAGUAAUAUUGAAUAAAAAUGAAUUAAACUUGAAAAUAAAAUGAUACAAAUUGAGUGAAGUUUAAUGAUGAUUAUUUGAAUUUUAUUAUCGAUCGAUUGAUUUAUAAUAUGCGACGAAGGUGGUGCUAUAUAAAUAUUAAUAAUAAUGAUAGUAAUAAUAAUUAUAAUUGUAACGUUACAAUAUAUACUGAUCGGUCGGUGACACGAUUCCACCCACCCUCCCCUUAACAUUAUCUAUGUAUAUAAAUUAAAUCAAUAUAUAGAUAUAGAUAUAUAUAUAGACACAUACGCAUAAUUUAGAUAUCGAUUAUCCAUGAUAUAAUUUAACAUUACUAUAUACAUUAUCCCUGAAAUAUUUGAUAAAAAGUGAAAAACGAAGAAACAAGCAAAAAAAAACAAAAAACCAACAAACACACCGUAUAAAUAUACAGUUAAAAUAGCGUUUUAUUAAAUGUUGUGAAAAAGUC